CAUGACCAGAGAGCUCUGAAUCCAGGAAUUUUAUCUGUCGCCGUGAAACCGCGACUGCUGCAGACUAAAGUCACCUGCUGCCUAGCUUAUUUAUCUGAACGGGGACAGUAAAUGAACCUGGAUGUUGCCUAAAUUAAGGAUAGAGAUCAACUAGGAAUGCUAGUUUCAAUAAGCCCAAAGCAGUUUGGAUUUAUUUUCUCUCCGAGUCAAAACCAAAGCUUUUAACCAAAGAGGACAUUGCUGAUGCAGUUUGGUAUUUACCAAAACAAGAAAAACAGAACUAAUCUUUCCUGCCCCAUAAACUGUCGGCCUUUAAAGGAUGAGAAACAAGCACAAAGCAGCUCUCGCUAAAUACUUUGGGAGACGGAAAACAAAACAGCCUCUGGAAUGACCUUUCCAAAGUGAAGUGUUUUUUUUUUUCUCUCGCAUGCACCUUAAACAGGAGGAAGUUCCAUAUACAUAGUUUCCCCUCACGUCACUGUAGACUUAUGAUCUUCAAGAUAAAGAGCAGAUCCCUUUCUUGGAAGGCAAAGUAAUCUGUGGGCUGCAGACUGAGACGCAAACAAAAAAAGCAUGUUCUGCCGACCAAAAUAGAGGAGGAAAGGAAAGAGAAAAAUCUGGGAAGGGGGAAAAAACUGGGGAGUUUCAUUUGCCCUCUGCUCCACAUUUUUUUGUUGCUGUUUCUCUAACGGGAAUUCUUCCAAAGGACGUUGGAGCUGACCCUCUGGGAGGUCCAAUUAGACUGAGAUAAACACUUCAUGAAGGAACAAAGUAAGAGUAAACUCUUUACGCCAAAUUUCAGCUGACUGCUCGGGGAAGGAACACGUCUGCUGCAGGAGUCAUGCCUGGAAGAAGAAACCUGGAGUGCUGAAGUGCCUCACAUUCUCAGUUUUUAGGUGAUUAAACGCUGUUGUUGAAGAAAGGAUACAGGCGUAGGGAUCUGAUUCAGGAUAGCGAUGGAGAAAGGCCAUACAUCUAUCAGGAGAGGGGUGAGCUGGAGUCCAGGAGGAUUGAGAAAACCUAUCGAGUCAAAGCAAGAAAUGCAGCCCACUGAGACCGACCACAACGCAUCCUGGGAGAAGACGGGAUUUAGCACACAGCGCAUCAGCCGCAAAACAAAUCUGAGCAGGAGUGCCAGUUUAUCGGAGAAAGAGCUGAAGGAGGCACGGCUGAAGAGUCACAUCAUUGCUGCUCAGCUCACCAUCCCCUCCAACUCCGGCUCCAGCUCCAGGGGUGUGCAGCUUUUUAAUCGGCGCAGGCAGAGAGUGAACGCCUUCACGCUCGAAAGCUGCGGACAAGGGUCAGAGGUGGACAAAACUGAGAAUGUGAAAAGCGAUUCCUUGUCCAACAAGCAAACCUGGGCAGAGAGGAGCUGUGAGGACAAGGACGCAGACCUGAACUUAAAUAAUAAUAAGUCACACUUUUUGCCAGCUGCAAGCAGCCCUUCAACUGGUGGCAUAAUGGAAGAAGAAAAUAAGAAUUUCAUCAAAGAUGAAGACACGGAGAACUAUGAUAUCCAGGAAAGACACUUCCUCCCUGUCAAAGAAGAGCCGGAAGAAGAGGACGACAUAAAGGAUAAAAUUCACGAGGGUCUAGAGGACGAUGCUAGGCACAAAACUCCUCUGGGAAGUAAUGACUCUCAUCCAGCUGUGAUGGCACAUGUCGAAAGGAAGACAGAAACAAGUGAGGGCCACCCGGCAGUUGUUCCCUCUGAAAAGCUUCUUAAUGGCUGUCACAGCACCUCUGGUUCAGAGAGGAUUUCCUUAGUCUCACCCUCCAAGCAGACACCUGCCUUCCUCAACAGAACGGCUCGACCUUUCUUCUCACCACCAACUGUGCUCUCUCCAGAUUCAGUCAAUCCUGCUGUAGACAUCCCACCUCCCCCAUCUUAUGCCACUCCUCCUCUCCCUUCUUCCACUCAACCUGUUACGUUCUCUCCUCCUCCUCCACCACCAUCAUAUCCAACACCUCCUCUGCCGGCCUUCACAAACCGACCCCCACAGUCUUUCUACACUAGUCCACUUCCAAUGUCUCCUCCCAUGUCCCCUCCAUGCCCUUCGCCAUCCAACUUUCCUGUUUCCCAGCACCCACCUGCACCCCACUGUGGCCCUCUGACAGCUCCCAAGCCUUCCACCUUUGUUCCACAGUCCACUGGAGAAAGGAAGCUGAUAACACCAAUCAAAACAGGAAUACUAGAAGAAGGCGCAGCCAGAAGGGCAAACAAGAAGUCAAUGUUUACAUUUAAAGAGAAGCCAGUGAUUGCUCCAAACCCUGAGCUCCUCUCUCUGGUGCAAGGAGCGGAUGAAAGAAAGAAACAUGGACACAGAUCUGUCCCUGAACCAGCACCUGAAGAGGAGUUACUGGCUUUGGGAGCAGAAGCUUCCAACUUCCUUGCCAAAGCAGAGGUAAAGACAGAGGGAGCAAGAGCCCCAGAGUGGGCAUCCUGUCUCAAAAGCUCAAAGACCAGACCGAGGCUGGACCACCGUCCAGAGCAGAGCCUCACGAAUGUGUCAGGCAAGGGGGCUGAAUUGUUUGCCAAGCGUCAAUCAAGGAUGGAGAAAUAUGUUGUUGAGAAUCAGAAUCCAGGACAAAUUAGGUCUCCCUCCCCCACAAUGUCUUUACCACCAUCCUGGGUUUACCCAUCGAACAUGCCAGGAAGGGUCAAAGCCAUUGCCAAGAACUCUGAAGUGAGCGCACAGAUUUCGCAAAAUCUAAAGGCCCAGCAAGCCGUCACGCAAAAACCAAAACCAAAAGUUGCAGUACCAGAGCCAGUUCCAGAGCCACCAACUACUUUAGAAAAUGGCUGCUCCAAGAUAGAGAUGGACCUCGCAAGACACCGUCCCUAUCAGCUCAACUCUUCCCUCUUUGUCUUCAACCCGGUCAAGGACCCAUUAAGCACGUUACCCAGAGGAACACCACAAGCAAAGAACCAACUCAGCAGCCAACGUUUUUCUAGACAGACUUCUCUACCUAACACCUCACCAUCUUAUUAUGGCAGUAUGUCACCUCAGUUGCCUCUCACCUCCCCAAGAGGAUCAGAAUACCCAGCAAAUCCGGCUUCCCCACAUCCGAGGAUCACUUCUUCGAUGUCUCCUUUUUCUCCAGAACGAGUUUCCUCCCCUCGGUCUGGAGUUCAGGCACCAAAGCCGACAUUUUCUGCCAAGAAGGCAGGAAUUACACCACAGGAAUUAGAGGAGUCAUCCCCUGUUGAAAUUACUGGUGAAACACCCACCGCAACCAGUACACCCAGCCUAACCAGACGCUUCAACAGCCCGGCAAACCAAGCAGCUAGAACAUGGAUCUCCAGCUCUCAAACAAGCCAGUCACCAACCACCACCAGUGGAUUCAUCCGUUCUGUCACGUCUCCUGUCAAUUUGUCCAGUAAUGCAAGAUCCCAGUCUUUUAUAUCCAGUCAGAAUAGCCAGUUUUCCUCUGUUAAUUCCACUUCUGCAUCCAGGCCCUCCCAAGCAGCUACAGUCAUUUCUCCAUGCUCUCCACCUUGGGGCUCCAGAUGUCAGUCCCCAGCUGUCAGCCAGUCCUUCACUUCUGCCUCCAUUCCUUUUUCCAAACCGUCUGAAAACUCUAAAACCCAUUAUCCUAUUUCUCCUCCUUGGGGUUCAAGAUGCCAGUCCCCAUCUGUGAGCAAUAAUAACAAGACCUCCACUGCUUCGGCUUUCUCCGUGUCCAGGCCCUCCAUCACAUCUGUCGCCACUUCUACAAUCUCCCCUCCCUGGGGAUCAAGGUGCCAAUCCCCGGCAGUGAGUCAGAAUACCCAAUCUUCCACCUUUUCCCCUGGUCCUACAUCCAGACCUUCCCAAACUCCUCCUUGGGGAUCAAGAUGCCAGUCGCCUUCUGUAAGCCAGAAUAAUCAAUCCUCCGCUGUCUCUGUCUCCCCAUCCAGACCGCUGCAAAUAUUUGCAGCCACAUCUCCUGUCUGCCCUCCAUGGAGCCCCCGCUCCCAAUCACCUGCACUGUUUCAAAGCAGCUCAUCCUUUCAUUCCACUAAUCCUCUGCACACAACGGCCGCUGCCUCCCCUCCGCGACAACAAAAAGACAAUCGCUGCACGUCCCAGAUUGUUAACAACCUAGACUCAAAAGCAAAUCACCGUCUCCUUGCAAAGAAUAUUAUAAAUGCAGCCAAACGUAAAAACAGCCCCUCCCCUGGAGCACCGAGCAGUCACGGCCUCCCCAUUUCACCUGUGGGAAACUCUCAAAACGACUGGCAAAAACCACCAAUUAGCCCCUUCCAGCAGAGGUCCUUGGGUGCACAGUCUCCCACCUUCACCAGCCCUCCUGUCACCCCGACUCAGAGAAUCUGCUCGCCCGUAAGGCUCUACAACACCCGUUCUCUGACCGACUCCGAUGCCUCUGUUGAGUCCGAGGACUCGGGCCUCAGGUCGCCUGGCCUACAUUCCUACAACACCUGCCCCCGUGGUUGGGGCGGCAGCCUGCGGGUCAAAAGAAGUACUGUCUCCACUGACCUGUGAGAUUGUUAAACUACUGGAUGUUCAAUUAAAACAGGAUCUCAGCAUUCAUAGACCCUUGUUUGGCCUUGGAAGAUAAUUUGAGUUUUGGACUGAGUUGCCUUAAAUUUCAGUGAAGCUAAUUGUUGGACCUAAAUCAUAGUAAAUGUUAUAUUAAAAUAGUUUUAGGUUUCCACGGGGCUCACAUUCCUUGUAUGCACUGACAAGAACAAGUUUUUUAUGAAACACAGUUGCUGUGGCUUGUACGCUUCUGACAUACCAAAAAGUGCUCAAAAAAUAAGUAAAGGUUUUAAAUAGCCUCUACUAUACUUUUAAAACAAACACACCUGCACAGUCAUUACUACAUUAAUUAUACUGACUGGUCUGAGAAAAGGCAUAGCAAGAAGAGACUUCAGGUAUUAAACAGGCACAUCAAAUUAGUAAUAACAUUUAGCUUAGUGGGCAUUUCGCUGCUUUAGUUAAAGCAUUAUUGAUGUUUUGUAAUAGUACACUGCAUGCAAUGAUCACAUUUUACAGUUGCAUUUCAUUUCUUCUGUACUGCGCGUUAUCUUCAGGUCUCUUCAUCAUUUUCAUUUUUUACCAUGCUUCAAUCACAAACCCUAAUGUGUUUUAGUGUAAUUUUAGAACUUUAAAUGGUUCAUGGUGGUUUUCAAAUUGAAACAGGAACUAAAAACAAAAAACAAAAUGUGCAUUUAUAUUUAGGACCCCGUGUGACUUUCUAGAAUCACAUUUUACUGCAACUAUAUUUGCAUGGACUUUUGGAGAGCGUUUCUGUCUGGCGCCGAUAAACAUUGGUUCUUCUUCUUUGCAAAAAGGCUCAAGCUCAGUUAAGUUGUAUUUAGAGCUUCAAAUUUUCAGUCACAUUUUCUCAGUUGACUUUGGAUCUGGACUUUGACUGAGCCAUAAUUACUAUGAACAUCUUUAGAUCUAAACCAUUCUAUUGUAGCUCUGGUUGUGUUUAUUGAUGUCCUGCUGCCAGGUGAAUUUCCCUAGUCUGAAGUCUUUUGUAGCCUCUAAAUGGUUUUCUUCUUGUACGGCCCAUAUUUAGCUUCAUGCAUCUUCAUAGGAACUAAGACAAAAUUCCAUUUCCGCUGAGUAAAAUCAUCCCUACGGAGGAUUUGCUUAGGUUAAUGUGCAGGAUUAAUCUUCUGAAACACAUAGGCCCAUCCAUGAAAGCAUAACGAUUUAAUUCUCUUUACACAUUAAUGUUUAUGAUUGUAGUGUGACAAAAGGUGAGCUCUAUGAAGGCCAACGACUUGUUUAACAAGUUACUCUAAGUUUCUAAAACUUUCUUUCAUAAUGUCCACAUUGUCAUUCUUGACUAAACUACACUCAAACUUUACAUGAAAUCCAAUGGACAAUUUAUACAGUGCGAUAACCAGCUGACAUGUACAUACGUUUUAUGAAAUACUGAAAUAAGUGAAUGUCUGCUUCUUAGAAGGAAGCACAGAAAAGUGGAGUGUAUUGAAAAGAAAAGACGUGGAAGUAAAGUCUAAUCGAGUAUGGUGAAACGCUUUAAAAACUUUCUCAGAAUAUUUUCUUCAUGUUUCCUUUGCUAUCACCAGUACUUAUUGCUCUUUAGUCCAUAUUAGUAGGAUCUUUGAUGUGGAACGGAUUAAAAUAUUUGAGUCUGUUUGAAAAAGGUUUAGAGGCAAAAGUGUAUGUCAGACAAGUGGAGACGGAGAAACAUGAUUAAAAUCCAUGGCGAAAAGGACAGAAGCACGUUUGAAACCGAGUUGAGUUGCGAGCGAGAAGGGAAAGGAUGAAUUAUAUUUCAGCCGCAUAUGAUAGCCUCAUGUACAUUUUUAGUAACUUGUAAAGUUUCUUUUUAUACUUGAAUGCACUUGUGAUCAUUUCAUUGUACAGGCAAAAUUGUCAUUAAAAGCUUGAGUUGCUAAAACAAAAGGCAAAUAAAUGUCUUACUAUAGAACUUCAACCAGUCCUGGACAAUGCUGCAUGUUAGGGUGAAGCUGGCGAUUAGUUGCAAAUGUAAAUGCUCCCAGAGUUAUGUUUCUGCUUCAGGAAGUGUAACCCUGUCCACCUUGUCUGGUCCUGCAACAGAACAACAGAUUGCUUUUUCGUUCGCUGACUCACAGGCUGAAAGCAUCAGCACAUUGCUAAAUAUUUACUCUGUGUAUCUUUUGAGUGACAGCAACUUCUGCUCCUUGGUGUCCUUGCUCCUUCAGCAGGAUUGAGCCUAUCACUGUCAAGGAUAGAUUUCAGCCGAGGUCACCUCUGGGCAGCCUGCACACAUCCUCGAACAGAUACCAAGAAAACACACCAUGACCUGUUUAAGUUUGCUUAUAGGUUGUAUGGCUACCUGACUGUGUCACUGCGUUUCUUUAAUUCAACUCGUUUUAUAUCAUAACACAAUUAAUAAACUGAUGCACAAUAAAACGUCUGUUGAAAACGUGCAA